AUGGCCGGACAGCCGCGUGGCGACAGAGGCGGUGAACGUAGAAGAAGGCAGGUGUUUUACACACACCAAGAUUACGCUAUAGAUCAAGCUAAUCGGCUUUUUGGGUUUACGUUGCCGCGUGAAGAUUUUCGCGUGUUGGAGGGUGGCGGCCAUCAGCGCCACUUGGACGGCAUCCGCGAUAUCUACGACAGCUACGCUGCGGAUUGGAACCGUCUCUGCCAGGUGCUCCCAGCCCUUGCGGCCGUCGUGCCGGUCAGCAAGGGCGGGGCCAAAGGCGCAGGAAAGGGAAAAGGCAAAGGCAAGGCAAAGCCACAGCCGACUUCGCCAGCAACACCUGCGUCUGGGUCAAGGGACACCGCUGGGACCCCGGCUCGCAUCGAGGCGACCCCGCUCACUGGAGCCGGCGGAGCAGCAUCUUCAACUGGAGUUGGGCCGGCGGUGGCCGCGCCCAAGGUUGAAGGGGCCGCGCCACCGGCGGCAGCAGCAAAGGCCGAAGGAGCGGCACCAGCAGCAGGAGAGGCAGCGACUACAGAAGAAGCGCCUGCAUCUCGAGAGGCCGCCGCACCCGAGGCCACAGCUGAAGAAGAAGCCGCUGAGCCGGUUACUGCGUCGGACGUGCUGCCAAAGGAGGAGCCACAGCUGGGAGGCGACGACGACCAAGGGCCAGUCACCGACGCCCACGACCAAGGCGACCCAGGAUCCGAGGAGCCUGUGGUUGCCGAGGUCGCGGGUGUUAAGGAGGAAGCGCCCGACGACACUGACGCAGGGGCCGCUGAGGACCUUGAAGUCAGUGGCGUCGCCCACGCUGAGGGAGAAGAGGAGGAGCCGGUGGUUGAGGAGUGUGAAGUGGACGAGCCUGUACAUAGUUCGCCGCCAGCGCUAGUUGUACAUAGCCCUGCUUCACCUAACCUUUCCGAGCGUGCUUUCUCUGAGCCACCCGAGCGCCCAGUGCCUGAGGGGUGGCUGCGAGUAAGGCCUAGGAUUUUAAAGCCACCGACUAACCUCCCUCCUGGUAGCUACCCAACGGUAAGAGUAGAUCGCCAAGGCAUCUGGAUACUGGUAAGCCCCGCCCAAGCACCUGAAAUAGGCACUAGGGACGCAGAGGUGCUCCCGGACGCCGCGCCCGAAAGCACAACCGCAGGGGCUGCAACUGAGGAGGUCGAUCCCUACGAUCUUCCUCAGGCUGUCUGGGCUGACCUUGCCCUAGCUUAUUCCAGAAGGCCCGCCUCUCUUGACCUUGCAACAGCUCCUGUGGUGAGCGACCGCCAGGGCGAGAGGACAGCAGAAGGGUUUAGUCUAGGAGUGGGUGCUUUUAGGCCGGGUGAGGUUAUAGAAGCUAGGCCGUCCAGCCCGGCUCGGUCAAGGAGCCCGCAACAGGGGCAGCCCCGAGUGCGCCCAGCCGCGUUAGGACAGUGCCGGCGCCACCGGCUGCAGCAGCAACCGGCGCCACCGCCGACAGCUUCUACGAUCUCUCCUCCUGCCGUGCCACCACCACCUGCAGUACCGUCGCCACCGCCAACGGAGGCGCCCACAGCUGAUCCUAAGGGGCCGCCGGCAAUUCCUUCGAAGGCCGCGCCGUCUCCACCGCCACAGGAGCAGCAAGCCCAGGCCAGAGCCAGGCUAGAAGAAGCCGCCGCGCAGCGCAGAAGGGAAGAGGCUGCAGCAAAGGCUCCAGUGGCACCUGCGCCCAGGCAAGUGGGGCUGCGCCCAACGAUCUCGAUCGUUUGGGAUUGGCACAAGGUGCUUGACCUCGGCUUGGACCGGGGCAACUGGAGCCCGCGGGUUGUGAGAGCCAUCGGUGAUCUGUGGUCCACCCACAGACCAUUGGUGUUCCACGUGCUCUCCUUCACCGGACGCGGGCAGGCGGCAGCACACCGGUCUGAAGCCCUAGCGGCACUUCCCAGCCUUGAGCGGGAAGCCGGUGUCACCUUUUCGUCCUACAACCAGUGCUUUGAACGCACGGGGUCGGGCGGAAAAGCCGAGUUGUUGCACUCCUUGGGCCCGGUACAGGGGCAGCAGCCAGGCGCCCACUACCUUGUGGACGAUAACCGCGACAUCGUCAAGGAGUCGCGGCGAACGGGCUGCAAGUGCGUCCAGGUCGUGAAGCCGGCGGAUCGGAGGUUCUUUGUUGAACAAGACCUCCUCGACGCGAUCCAGCAGCUCAGCGAGUCGCUCCACUCCUUGGGAGAAGAGCGCACCGGAGCGACUGGAGCAACAAGGCUGGCACAAAGCCAGUACUUGGAGGUUAUCCACCGCUAA